AGAGGCUGGUCCGGGGUGACUCAAGAGACAGGGCUCUCUCUCUUUUUCUCCGAGCCCACCGGCCGCCAUCGCGCGCCCCGCUCCUGCCCGCUAGGAAGGGAGGUCGCGCCCCCCCGGCGCAUUCAGGACAAGCGACACACUUCACUUUCCCCGGCUGUGAGGACGCUCGUAGAAACGGACGGAGAGGGGAGGCUGUGAGAUGGAGACGCGCAGCGGUGCCGUCACACAGAGCCGCACCGCCCGUCAAACGUAGCGCACACGCAGAAGGAAGACGAUCGGCGCACAGCGAAGUCACGCGGAUCUUUGUGGCACGCGGCGGCGAUGUCCGAGACGGAUUAAGUCGAGGCUGCGCCAAAUUGGCACCAAGCAGGUUGAUACGGCAGAAACGUGCAAAUAGGACUCCAUAUAUAUUUGUGGCUGCACGUGAGACCACCUUGACCCUUUAAAAUUGAAGAUGAUGUUACUAUGGAAACUCCUGGUCCUGCAGUCACUCAUGGGGAGCCUGGCAGUGCGCACCGUCCUCCAGAGUCCGGUCUUCACCAAACAGCCUGGUAGCAUCGUGUACCCUGUGGAAUCGAUGGAGAAGAGCAGAGAGGUGGUUUUCAGCUGUGAAGCUCAGGCAAGCCCACCUCCAGUGUAUCGAUGGAAACUUAAUGGCACAGAACUCAACCCCAAAUCUGGAUCUCACUUCAGUUUAUCUGGAGGCAACCUCAGAAUCAGCCAUCUGAACAAAGACCAAGAUGCCGGAACCUAUCAGUGCCUCGCCUCCAACGCUUUCGGGACCAUCGUCAGUCGAGAGGCCAGUCUAAAAUUUGCAUACCUGGAAAACUUCAAAACCCACAGACGAAGUUCCGUUUCAGUCCGAGAAGGUCAAGGAGUGGUUCUGUUAUGCGGCCCUCCGCCACAUUCUGGAGAUCUUGAAUUCUCCUGGAUUUUCAAUGAGUACCCAACGUUUGUGGAGCAGGACACUCGUCGCUUCAUCUCGCAGGAGACAGGGAAUCUCUACAUCGCUAAAGUCGAGCCCUCUGAUGUGGGCAACUACACCUGUGUCAUUACCCACCCGGUCACAAAGAGUCGAGUCCAGGGCCCACUCACCCCACUUGUGCUCCGUAAUGAUGGUGUUAUGGGUGAAUAUGAGCCAAAGAUUGAAGUCCAGUUUCCCGACAUGGUUCAUGUCGCCAAAGGAUCCACUGUGAAGCUGGAAUGCUUUGCGCUGGGCAACCCAGUUCCUUCGGUCAACUGGAGAAAGGUGGACGGCGUUCCUUUCCCCCGGAAAGUGGACAUAAGGAAAGCAAGUGCCGUUCUGGAAAUUCCAUAUUUCCAACAGGAGGACGCCGGCACCUAUGAGUGUGUCGCUGAGAAUUCCCGCGGAAUGAACACCGUCAAAGGAAAGCUUUCUUUUUACGCUCCGCCACAUCUCAUUGAGAAACCUCAAGAUGUCCAGAAGCUCAUCGAUGACUCCUUGGCGUGGGAAUGUAAAGCCACGGGAAAGCCGAAGCCCUCCUACAGGUGGAUGAAAAAUGGAGAGAACUUAGCGCCUGCAGAGGAGCGCGUUCAGGUGAGCAACGGGGCUUUGCUAAUCAGUCGCCUGACCCUGUCGGACACGGGAAUGUACCAGUGUGUCGCCGGGAAUAAGUAUGGCGAGGUCUACUCCAACGCCGAACUACGAGUUAUAGCUGUUGCACCAGAUUUCUCCCACAACCAAUUGAGGAGCCAGACGUUGGUCAAGGUUGGCGGAGAUAUGCUCAUUGAGUGCAAACCCAAGAUGUCUCCGUGGGGUGUGAUCUCUUGGAGGAAGGGCAGUGAAGCGCUCCAACCAAGUCAAAGGGUUUCCAUUCUGGAUAAUGGUAAUCUUCGCAUAUGGAACGUAAGCAAAUCAGAUGCUGGACCCUACACCUGCAUAGCCAGGAACCAGUUUGGUGUGGCUAGUAGCACAGGAAGUGUCACGGUUAAAGAGCCCACGAUCAUCACCACUCUGCCUGCAACCUUGGAUGUGACUGUGGGGGAGAGUGUAGUCCUACCUUGUCAAGUCAGCCACGAUCCCUCACUGGACCUCACGUUCACCUGGUUCUUCAAUGAUCAGCUCAUCCACUUCGGCAGCCAUGGGGGAUUCUUUGAGAAAGUGGGCGGCCAGCAUGCAGCAGGAGACAUUAUGAUUCGAAACAUCCAACUGAGGCACGCUGGGAAAUACACGUGCGCCGUGCAGACAAAGGUGGACAGCCUCUCUGUUGCCGUUGAUUUGGUUGUCAGAGGUCCCCCGGGCUCUCCCACCAGCAUCCAAGUCGAAGAAAUCACAGAUACCACAGUGACUCUGUCCUGGAGGCCCGGCGCUGAUAAUCACAGUCCAAUUACCGCGUACACCAUCCAGGCCAGGACACCCUUUUCCCUCGGGUGGCAGGCUGUCUCCACAGUUCCCAAAGUGGUCGGGGGCCAGCGUCUGACAGCCACUGUGAUUGACCUGAGCCCUUGGGUGGACUACGAGUUUCGAGUCCUGGCCAGCAACACCAUCGGGACCGGCGAACCCAGCAAGCCAUCCAAACAAGCCAAGACAAAGGGGACCUCUCCGAAGGUCACUCCAGCGAGUGUGAGCGGCGGCGGUGGGAGUCGCUCAGAAUUAGUGAUCACAUGGGAGCCUGUUCCAGAAGAGCAACAAAAUGGAGCCGGGUUCGGCUACGUGGUGGCUUUUCGACCCCACGGCGCCACGGGUUGGAUGCAGGCUGCCGUGCCCUCGGCAGAGACGUCCAAAUACAUCUUCAAAAAUGAAAGCGUCCAGCCCUUUUCGCCUUUUCAGGUGAAGGUCGGCGUGUACAACAACGAGGGCGAAGGUCCGUUCGGACACGUCACGACGAUCUACUCUGCCGAGGAAGAACCCGGCCGAGCACCCACGAGGGUUCGUGCCAAGAGCCUCUCAGCGUCCCAGAUUGAAGUUUCAUGGAAAGCUCUUCCCUGGAAUGCCAGUAAGAAAAGAGUGCUGGGCUACGAGCUGAGGUACUGGAAGCGAAGGGACAAGGAGGACACAGCCAGUGUGCAAAGAACUGUGGGAAAUCAGACAUCAACAAUUAUUCAGGGCGUCAGAGGCAGCACCACGUAUUACAUCUCGGUGAGAGCGUAUAAUACCGCAGGAGCCGGACCUCCCAGCGCCACCGUCAACGUCACCACCAAAAAACCACCACCCAGCCAGCCUCCUGGUAAAGUGAUGUGGAACACAUCCAACUCGAAGAUCAUAUUAAACUGGGAGCAGGUUAAAGCCCUGGAGAAUGAGUCGGAGGUCACAGGUUACAAAGUGCUGUACAAAAAGAACCCACACAGCCAUCCCAAUGUCAUGGAGACAAACACCACCUCGGUGGAGCUCUCCCUGCCCACUGAUGAGGAUUAUAUCAUCCAGAUCAAACCGUUUGGCGAGGGAGGGGAAGGCAGCAGUAGUCGGCAGAUCACCAUCCCGAGGAUAGCAGGUCCCAAUGCAGUCGGCUCGGCAUCCAAGGUCUCCACUCUAUCAGCCCUCAGCACAAUAGCGCUGUCUUUCACGGCGCGGACAUCUUUAUGACAAACAGCUCCCGGCAGACCUUGCAUCUGAAGUGAAGACAGUCUACGUCGGAACGCAGGCGCACCUCUCUGGUGGUGUAACUCGACCCAUUCAUUUUGAUUUACAGACUAAAGGAAUAUGCCGAGGAAAAGAGGAAUACAAAACAUACCGCUGGGACAUUGUGGGAAGGUUUUCUUUGGGGUACCUUGGCCACAAGAGGAAGAUGUACAGAUGUCAUAACCAUGUUGUUACCAAAGCAGCUUUCAUAAGAGGAGGAGAAACAAAAUGUUGUGUGUGUGCAUCUUUUUGUAUGACAUUCCAAGCUUUAUAUAUAUAUAUAUAUUAUUUAUUUUUUUCCUGCUGUCUAGGCAAUUAACAGUAUGCCAGAUCUAAAUCUCCCACUAAGUGGUGAAGAAUGACUUUUGACCGCGAAACAGACCGCUUGGUAAUCUUUUUCUGUCAAAUGAGAUGACGUGCAUCUCUCUUUCAUUUCUCUCUCUCUCUGUCCAUAAACAAGACAUGCUAAUGCUUUACCAAAC